AUGACUGAAGAACAAGUACAACCACAAAUCAACCCAGAAGAACCACAAGUUAAUCCAGACGAACCACCUAAUUUCAAUAUUGAAUCAGAGGCUGAUGUUGAACCAUUAGUUCUUCAAUUAAAAGCUUUUCUUGAAAAACAUGACCUUGAUGUUUCCGUUAAGUUUAAACCAAAGAAGAUGAGAGGAUCAACUUCCUUGGUUGAUGGAGAUGGACUUAAAACAGGAGAAGUUAAUAUUCCAGCAGACUUUAAAAUCACUGGUAAAGAUAAUAAUGGUAAAGAUCUUGGACAUGGUGGAGAUGAUGUAAAAGUUAAAGUAAUUGACCCACAAGGAAAUGAAGUUCCAUGUGAAGUCAAAGAUAAUGGUGAUGGAACUUAUGAUGUUGGUUAUACUCCAGUUGUUCCAGGAAUGCACAAAAUUGAAGUUGUUGUUAAUGAUGAACCAGUAGAAAAUACUCCAGUUGAUGUACUUGUCUUUGAUGAAAUUCCUGAUGCUCUUAAUUGUACUGCUGAAGGAGAAGGAUUAGAAAAUGCAGAAACAAAAACACCAGCACCAUUUAAGAUUGUUACAAGAAAUAGAGCAGGUGAACAACUUAAGAAAGGAGGACAAAAAUUCAAUGUUACAGUUCAAGGACCAACUAUUGCUGCUGAAGUUACUGUUAAAGAUAAUGAAGAUGGUACCUAUGAUGUUGAAUAUGUUGCUAAAGAACCAGGAAAACAUCAUAUUGAUGUUCAAGUUGAAACACCAGUUACUCCAUCAGAAGGAGAAAAGAUUAAUCCAGAUAAUAAAGAAAUGAAAAGUAUUAAAAAUAUGCCAAUUGAUCUUGAAGUUAAACUUAAUCAUGAAGAUGCUGAUCCAGCACAAUGUUGGGCUGAAGGACCAGGAGUUGAAGGAGGAUGCAAGACUUGUGAUAUGGCAGAAUUUAUUAUUCAUGCUGUCAAUCCAAGUGGAGAACCAUGUACUCUUGAAACAGUUCCAUUUGAUGUUUGUGUAACAGAUCCAGAUGAUGAAGAACUUGAAACUAAAAUUGAAAAGAAAGAUGAUGGUACAUAUCAUGCAGAAUAUAAACCAACUAAACCAGGCAAAUAUAAUGUUGAAGUUAUUUUAAGAAAUCCAGAAGUUCCAUCUAACUUUGAACAUAUUAAAGGAUCACCAUUUACACCAGAAAUUCUUCCAGGUAUUACUGCUGGUAAUUGUGUUGUUAGUGGACCAGGUGUAGAUGGAGGAGAAGAACUUGAUGAUUGUAAUGAUGCAGAAUUUGUUAUUACAGCUAAAGAUUAUAAUGGAGAUCCUAUUAAAGAAGGAGGAGCUAAAUUUGAUAUUAAAGUUCAUGAUCCAAAUGGAGAUGAUUUAGAAUGUGAAUGUGUUGAUAACAACGAUGGUACUUAUAGUUGUAAAUAUGCACCAGAAUUCCCAGGUGAUUAUACAGUUGAUAUUAAACUUAAUGGUGAUAAAGUUGGUAAAGCACCAUAUGAAGUUUGUGUUGGAGAAGGAGUUGAUAAUCAAAAAUCAGGAGUUGAUUGCUUCCAAUUUACUAUUCUUGCUAAAAGUAAAAGAGGAGGACCUGUUAAACCAGGUAAUGCUAAAUUCUCAGUUAAAAUUAUCCAUGAAAAUGGAACAGAAAUUCCACAAGAAAAUAUUGAUAUCAAAAAUUUAAAAGAAGCUAAAUACAGAGUUACUUAUAAAGUUUCAGAACACGGUGAUUAUACAAUUCAUUGCUUAUUGAAUAAUAGAGACAUUAAGGGAUCACCAUGGGUUCAACAAUGCUAA